AUGAAGUCCUUCGCCAUUUUUGCCGUCAUCGGCGCGGCCAUUACUCCCGCAUUUGCCCAGGGCAAGGGAAAGCUUCCCGCAGUCUCCGUGAAGGGCAAUGGCUUCUUCGCAGGCAACCAGCGUUUCUACAUGCGUGGUGUUGCUUACCAGCCAGGUGGUGCUGCUGAUGCUAAGGACCCUCUCCUCGACCUUGAGAGCCUGAGGCGCGAUGUAGCCAACUUCAAGGAUCUCGGUAUCAACACCAUUCGUAUCUACACCAUCGACAACUCCAAGAACCACGACGAGGGUAUGAAGAUGCUCGACGACGCCGGUAUUUACGUCGCCCUUGACGCCAACACCCCCAAGUACUCUCUCAACCGUGAGAAUGCUCAGACUCUUCACCGAUCGUACAACGACGUCUACCUCCAGAACGUCUUUGCCACUAUCGACGCCUUUGCCGAUUACAACAACUUGCUCCUCUUCUUCUCUGGUAACGAGGUCAUCAACGAGCGCAACAACACCAACGCCGCUCCCUACAUCAAGGCCGUCACCCGUGACAUGAAGCAGUACAUCUCCAACCGCAAGGGACGCAAGAUUCCUGUCGGAUACUCUGCUGCCGACGUUGCUGAGAACAUUGAGGCCCAGGCUCUCUACUUCAACUGCGGUACUGAGGAUGAGCGCUCCGACUUUUUCGCCUUCAACGACUACUCCUGGUGUGACCCCUCUUCCUUCACUGCUUCCGGUUGGGACAAGAAGGUUGAGACCUACAAGGACUACAGCAAGCCCCUCUUCCUCUCCGAGUUUGGCUGCAUCACCAACACCCGCGAGUGGGGUGAGAUUGCUGCUCUCUACUCUACCAACAUGACCGGUGUGUACUCUGGAGGCCUCGCUUACGAGUACACUGUCGAGCCCAAUGGUUACGGAAUUGUCGAGGUCGGCAGCGACGGCAAGAUCACCCCCAACGACGACUUCAGGCGCCUCAAGGCCGCUUACGAGAAGACUGACAACCCCACCGGCGAUGGCAACUACAAGCAGAGCGGCUCUGCUUCCGAGUGCCCCAAGGAGUCCGACGAGUGGGAGGUUAAGGGUACUGCUCUCCCUGCUCUGCCCAAGAAGGCUCAGGCUUUCAUGAGCUCUGGCGCUGGUACCGGUAAGGGUCUUUCUGGCUCUGGUUCCCACUUCGCUGGUGAGGCCAGCGACGGUACCGCAUCUGCUGGUUCCGGCGCACCCACCCGCACUCCCAACGGCGAGUCUGCUCCUUCCCAGCAGGGCUCCAACACUGGCGCCGCUGGUAGCAUCGACGCUCCCAUGCGCCUCAUGAGCGCCAUCGUUGCGAGUGUUGUCUUUGGCGUUGUGCUUGUACUUUAG